GGUGGCCAUGGCACCGAAAAAACGCGCCGUGGCGCUGAUCUUGGAGGGUUCCCGGGGCGAUCAGCAGCCGUACAUUGUGGCAGCCCUGGCAUUGAAAGAGGCGGGCUAUGAUGUGCUGAUUCUGGGCACCAGCGAUGGAGAAGGCAUGGCCAAGCAGAAGGGUCUGCCCUUCAGAAGCGUCGGCCUUUGCGCGAAAGAAGUGAUUCAGCGCCCUGAAAUGGUGGAGGCUGUGACGGAGAACGACUACGCCAAGAUUUCAGCUGCGGUGAAUGCGACGAAGGCUCUGCGAGGUCGAGAAAUCUUGGAGAUCGUGACCAAAGAACUCAGGACAUUUCAGCCUGGUUUGAUCAUCUCUUCUGGCAUGAGCUUGAACCUAUGUAUUGUCUUGGGCAAAGGCCUGCGCAUUCCGGUGAUCUUGAUGGCUCUGCAAGUCGUGGUACCCAGCAAUUACAUACCAGCACUGGGAGUUUUGCCCAGAUUGCCCAGUUUUCUGAACCUGAAUUGGCUGGCCUGGAAGUACGUCCUGGACUUGCUGAGGAAGGAAGGCAUGAAGACAUCCCUGCCACAGCUAGCAGAACUUCUGCAGCUUCCUGAGGAGGAGUUGCAGAUCUCCGUUGACGAAAUUUGCGACCACUGCAGCUGCCGUCCACGCUUCCCGCUCCUCUUUGCUGUGAGUUCGGUGUUCUAUGGUCGCUUUCCACCGGACUUCAACACGUCGCUGUGCCGACCAUUGGGCGCUUUGAGUUUUAGACCAGAUCAACAAGUUGGCAUCGACUUUGGAACAACUUUGGAACUCCAGAAGUUGAAGGACUUUUUGCAGAAGUGCAAGGCUUCGAAUGAACGACCUAUCUACAUGGGUUUCGGGUCCAUGAUCUGCGAGAGCAGCAAAUUCAUGACGCUUCUGUGUUUGCGCGCCUUAAUGACUUGCCGACGCCCAGGUGUGAUUCUCAGCGGCUGGGCAGAGCUUUCAUGGGCGGAUGUCGAAGGAGAAGCCGAUUCUGCCGAGCUCCAAGCAUUUUGCGACAAAGUGAUCUUUUUGACCUCGGCGCCGCACGGCGAAGUCUUCCCGCAGUGCGCGGUGUUGGUCCACCAUGGCGGAGCGGGGACCAUGUACGCAGCAGCGGUAAGCGGAGUCCCCAGCGUGGUGCUGCCGAUUCUGUUGGAUCAGUACAUCCAUGCGGAGCUGGUGAAUCAGAGAGGCAUAGGGAUCGGCUUGAAGUCCAUGCGGUUCGCCAGCGUCCAGCAGCUGUCCACUGCCAUCACGGCGUGCUUGGAACGCCCUGAGAUUCAGCAGAAGGCAGCCAUGCUAAGCCGUCAGCUGGCCAAGGAGGAUGGAGUCAAAGAGGUGGUGAAAGAAGUGAAUCAGUUCUUUGCCGACUUCGUAGAUACAGGUCGUUACUUUGAAGAAAAGGAGAAGUCCAAGGCGGACUCCCAGCGGGGCAUUCUGCACUGCCUCGCCCGAUGUCUCUGUAACUGGGGCUGUUGUUCCCUGUGCCGGGCUUGAGAGAAAACCUCCUGAGCUAUGGUGCCAUGGAUGGAAGACCAGGUCUCUCCAUGGUUUCACUUGUGGAACUGCAUUAGUUG